AUGGCCUGGAGGACGUCGUCGUGGCUUGUGUUACUGGGAGCCGCAGUCGGCAGCCUGGCGGGAUGGCAGCAACCUCUCACGCCCGACCAGCCAUCCAGUUCCAAACCCAACAUUGUCUUCAUUUUGACAGAUGACCAGGACCUGCGCAUGGACUCAUUGUCCUACAUGCCACAUGUGAAGGAGCACCUUAUUGACCAAGGCACAUUCUUCCGGCGCCACUAUUGCACCAUCGCGCUGUGCUGCCCGUCGCGCGUGAGCUUGUGGACAGGAAGGGCCGCCCACAACACCAACGUCACCGAUGUCAAUCCCCCGUAUGGCGGCUAUCCGAAGUUCGUCAGCCAGGGUUUCAAUGAGGCGUGGCUUCCCAUCUGGCUGCAAGACGCCGGCUAUAACACAUAUUACACGGGCAAACUGUUCAACGCACACAGCGUGAAGAACUAUGACUCUCCAUUCCUCAAUGGGUUCACGGGUUCCGACUUCCUUCUAGAUCCUCACACCUAUGAAUACCUGAACGCCAGUUUCCAGCGAAAUCGAGAGCCACCCGUGAGCCACGAAGGAGAGUAUUCCACCGACGUCCUCGCCAGGAAGGCGUAUGGGUUCCUAGAAGAUGCCAUCUCAGAACAGAAACCGUUCUUCCUGGCCAUUGCCCCCAAUGCUCCGCACAGUAACGUCAAGUUUGAGGAAAGUUGGUUCAACGGCAGUGCUUCGGCCCAUGCCAUCUUGACCACUCCUCCCAUUCCGGCAGAGAGGCACAAGCACUUAUUCCCAGAUGCCGUGAUUCCGCGCACUCCAAGCUUCAAUCCUGAUGAGCCUCACGGCGUUUCCUGGAUCAGCACUUUGCCCAAACAGAACCAGACGAACGUCGAUUUCAACGACGAGUUCUAUCGAAACCGAUUACGCGCCCUCCAAGCGGUCGAUGAGAUUGUCGACGGUGUCUUUGCUCGUCUGAAAGAGCACGGAAUCCUCGACAACACUUACGUCUUCUACUCGACCGACAAUGGCUACCACAUCGGUCAACACCGUCUGCAACCGGGCAAAGAAUGCGGCUAUGAAGAAGACAUCAAUAUACCAUUGAUCGUACGUGGUCCAGGGAUACUAAGAGGGGAGGAGAGUGAUCUUGUAACUUCUCACACCGAUCUGGCGCCUACGUUUUUAUCUCUUGCAGGUGGAGAGAUUCGAUCAGACUUUGACGGCAGCGCUAUCCCCUUGACCUCCGAUCAACUUGGUGACGGUGCUGUCAACGCCUGUGGAGAGCAUGUGAAUAUCGAGUACUGGGGAUUUGCACUUGCGGAGGGCAAAUACGGGAGUGGAAUGUACUGGAACAACACCUACAAGGGCCUCAGGGUGAUCGGCGCCAGCUACAAUCUCUAUUACAGUGUGUGGUGUAGUGGUGAGCACGAACUCUACGACUUGAAGAAUGAUCCCUACGAGACGCAUAACCUGUUCAGAUCGAAUCACUCCUCUGUUUUCGAGUUCCCAGCCACAGCGCCGGAGACGCCACCAACCACCACCACCUUGCAGCACCUCAUCUCUCGGCUCGAUUCACUGGUCAUGGUUCUGAAGACAUGCAAAGCACGGACUUGUACUCACCCAUGGGAGACUCUCCACCCUCGCGGCGAUGUAGGCAAUCUGCAAGAUGCCCUUGAUGCACGCUACGAUGACUUCUACGAGCUUCAGCAGGAGAGAGUUCGGUUCGAAAAGUGCGAGAAGGGUUAUAUACUAGAGAGCGAAGGGCCCCGGCAUGUUAGGGCAUUCUCACUUUCGGAAUUUGGACCCAGGGGAGGAGUGGAAUGGAGUGAGCUUGUAUAG